UGGAAGGCCCACAACAACCCGUAUUGUGGGUGGCCAGGACACGAUGCCAGGGGAGAUUCCUUGGCAGUUGAGUUUGAGGAAGCUCGGGCUGCAUAUCUGUGGGGGUUCUCUGAUUAACAACCAGUGGGCCAUCAGCGCCGCUCACUGUUUUGCAGGACCUAUCCGCGUCUCAGAUUACAAAGUGAACCUUGGGGCAUACCAACUCUCAGUGCCUUCUGGGAUUUUUGUGGACGUGGCUGCUGUUUACGUACACCCCACAUUCAAAGGGGCCGGUAGCAUUGGAGACAUCGCUCUAAUCAAGCUAGCAAACCCUGUGCAGUUUACAGACUACAUCAUUCCUGUUUGUAUUCCUACCCAAAACGUUGUCUUUCCCGAUGGAAUGAAUUGUAUUGUAAGCGGAUGGGGAACCAUCAACCAACAAGUGAGUCUUCCAUAUCCAAAGACUUUGCAAAAGGUCCGGGUUCCUAUCAUUGGUCGUGCCAGCUGUGAUCAAAUGUACCACAUCAACAAUCCCACACUGCCACCCUAUCAGAGCAUUAUAAUGUGGGACAUGAUCUGUGCGGGAUACAAGGCCGGCAGGAGGGGAUCAUGUCAGGGUGAUUCCGGAGGUCCCCUCGUCUGCCCAUGGAACGGGUCAUGGCUUCUGGCUGGAAUUGUGAGCUGGGGCUUUGGCUGCGCUCAACCAAACAAGCCAGGGGUGUACACCAGCGUCCCGGCAUAUUCCGCAUGGAUUCAGGAAUACGUCCCCAGCCUGCAGCUAACUCAACCACAAAUCUCAGCUCUUAACAACACCGGGUAAUUGGCUUCAUCCUUGGGAAUUGUCUUCUACUCACUGCUCCUGCACAAACGUCUGUAAUAUCAUAUGGGCUAAAGACAUAAAAACUUCAGUAUUGGGACUUUGAGAUGUUACCUUUGAUUCUUUCUCUUUACUUCUUGGAAUCCUUAAUGCAAUUAGAAUGGUCUGUGGAUUUACUUAUAACAUUGUGCAAAAAAAAACAUUGGCUUACCGGCAAAACUGGUCAUAAUUAUAAUUAACAGUCAUGGGCCAGUGGGAAACUGCUGGGUACCAGAGGGAAUUCAUAAUGAGCUGAAAAAUAAAUCACUUAGUUCUCAUAUAAACCGAUCUGAUUGGUUGCUAUAAGCAACUGCACUGGAGCAAUUUAGCACCUAUCUAAGCAAGUGAUUAUAAAGUA